CAAUCACAGCAGGCGCAAUCAAGGCACCUUGGCGAAGAUGUCGAACCCGAGCUUCUUCACCACCACGACACCACCAUCGACUUUGUGAGAACACCGGCUUUUGCAGCUCCAACCCCUCUCUUAACCCGCCCAAAAUGGCCAGCGUAAGCCAAUUGAUCCCUUUACCACUUUGCGAUAACUUUGCUGACUCUUGUGCGCUUCAGUUCAUCUACAACGCUCUCUUCCGCAGCAACACUGCUAUGUUGGCCACUGUAUUCGGAAGCGCUUUCGCCUUACAACUGGCUUUCGAUACCUCUUCGAACAAGAUUUGGGAUACCGUCAACAAGGGACGGCAAUGGAAGGACAUCAAGUCGGCAUACGUUAACAAGCCCGAGGACGACGAAUAGUGCGAUACUUUGCGAGGGGUUUGAGUGGCAAUGAAUAGAUUUCCAGGCUCUCUGUCAAUUAUUUCAUGACAGAACAAUGUACAAUUGUGUAUUACAGCAUUGAAUUAUCGGCCUCUAAUACCACAACCGUUUCGCGAUCAUGAAUGUGAUGGACUGCGAAAGAAUGUCUACCCUCUUCGGCCGAAUCAUCAACUUCGAUAUGCGGCAUCAAAACACGACAAUACAUAUAAAUUUCUUGAAUGUCCGAGUGUGUGUUGUCGAUUUGUUUUUUAUCUUGACCCUUGUGGCGACCCAUGUAAAGGCAGGCGCAUUCCUCACAUGCAAGCGUCCCAUCCAGAGUGAACAAUCUCAUCUACUACCUGCCUUACUUGUGUGGAAAACUUGUACUAGAUUCGUUCAGUUAGCAUCGGGAAACAAGUAGGUGUUGAUCGCACAGCAACGAGACUGCAGGUAAUAACUCCAGAUGUUUGCUUGGCGGCUGGCUGGCGGCUGGCUAUGUCAUAAGCUCGCUCAUCCUCAUCCAUCAAUUUAUUGUCUACACCUACGCCAAACAACCUCACCCACCCACCCAUACACUACCACUUCUACCGUCACACGAACCUCAUACACCGUCUAAUAGUGGCCGGCCCACGCACACUAUUCUACCUAUUCGCACGACUCACGCGUUGUCGCAGUUGAUACCCGGCCCGCGCUUGCACCCGUGCCUCUAACCCCGCUACAUCCCACUACGAUCCAACAAUUCGCCAUGUUGGUGUCACUACAAGAGCAGGAGCUAUGCCAGCACCUACGUGAGCUUCCACGGAGACACGAUUAUGCCUAUACUCCUGAGGCGACGCGAGAACUACACCAAAUCCUAUUUCGCUCCCUCGCUGGCCGGCCCGAACACCUUUCGCUCUUCUUCCCAAAUGGCCCUCCGACCGACUCAAACACGCCCUGGAGCCUGCGCGAUGCUCAGGGUGCCGUAGAAGGCGCUGAAUACAUGGAAUCAGCUCGAGGCAAGCCGUGCGGACAUAUUUUCAAGAGUGGCGAGGCAACCUAUCGGUGCAAAACUUGCACUAAUGACGAUACCUGCGUCCAGUGCGCGCGGUGUUUUGAUGCCUCUGAUCAUGAAGGCCACCAGGUUUUUGUAAGCGUAUCGCCAGGAAACUCUGGCUGCUGUGAUUGCGGCGAUGAUGAGGCUUGGAUCCGUCCUGUCCAUUGCACCAUACAUUCUGUCGCUGCCUCCCCCAAAACGGAUGACACUGGCAAGGCAGAUACGGGCCCUUCUUUGCCAGAUGAGCUCGUGCAAAGUAUGAGGAUGACAAUCGCUCGAGCGCUCGACUACCUCAUUGAUGUUUUUUCGUGCUCUCCCGAGCAACUUCGUCUGCCCAAAACCGAAGAAUCUAUAUUGCAGGAUGAGCGGUCAUCACGUCUCACAUCGAAGUGGUAUGGGCCGGGCGACCAUUUGGAUGAAGAACAAAAAUUCUGCCUCGUAUUAUGGAAUGAUGAGAAGCACACAGUACACGAUGUACAAGACCAGGUUGCCCGUGCCUGCAAACAAAAAAUGGCAUUUGGUCUUGCCAAAGCACAUGAGGUUAAUGACGUCGGACGAGCUACUAUCGUGACUCGUGGCAGUAUCAAAGAUCUUCUUCGCAUGGCCAAAAUCAUCGAAGACAUUAAACUCACAGUCACCAUCCGAUCCGCGCGAGAUACUUUUCGCGAACAGAUGGGCGGCGCUCUUGUAGAAUGGAUCUCGGAUAUCGCAGGAUCCAGCGUGGGAGAUGACGCUCACAUACUUCGACGGCUUGUGUGUGAAGAACUGCUGAAGCCGUGGCGAGUCGGCAGUGAAGCCUCCAACAUAGGAAUUGGAAAAAACGGCCUUGAUGAUCACGAGAUGGAGGAUCGGGAACCGGAUAUGGAUGGUUUCUACUAUCGUUACUUGAAUCAACAACGCCGUGCGCAGCUGGCCCGGAUUCGCCGGCAACGCGAGGCAGCUGCGAACCCAGAUACAGCAGCUUCAGACGCUGAUGCGGAUGAAGAAGAAGAAAGCGCCGGCGACACUGGAGACGGUGGCGAUGGAAUGGAUCUUGAUGAUUUCCUGGCGCAGGAUCCCGAUGGUGAUAUCACUAUGGAAGCGGGCGAAACUUUGGAGGUUUUCAUAACAACGCCUGCAAAUAUUCCUCGCACUGCCCCUGCCGUAAACCAGCAAGAACAAACGCAGAAUCUCACUCCUGUCGACUCAGACAGUGAACCAGUAGCUGCCGCCCCAUCAUUGAGUCACGUAGAACCGUCUCUACAAGUUCCCGAAACCCCUCGAGCGAAGUCUUUACCUUUGCGCCAUGCGCGACCGCCACAGUAUUGGCUCGAAAAACCAACCAAUUACGGGAAAAAACCGGGAACGCCUGCUCAUGAAGAUCUCUGGCAGCGCCUGAGGCUGGACCAUCUGAUUCUCUACGAUCUCCGUAUGUGGAAACAGCUGCGAAUCGGUGUACGGGAUGUCUUCAUUAGUACUGUAGUCGCUAUACCUCAAUUUAAGCGUCUGCUGAGUUUACGUUUUGCGGGUGUUUACACCGCACUUGCCCAACUCUACCUCAUCGCAGACCGGGAGCCAGAUCAUUCGAUUAUCAAUCUGUCUUUACAGAUGCUCACAACCCCAUCUAUCACUUAUGAGAUUGUGGAGCGCGGCAACUUUCUCACUAAUCUCAUGGCCAUUUUGUAUACCUUCUUGACAACACGUCAAGUGGGUUACCCCUGGAAUGUGGAAUCUCAGGCCACUCUGGCGUUUGAACAAGGUGCCGUCACCAACCGACGUAUGUACCAUUUCUUCCUCGACAUGAAGUAUCUUCUCGGAUCCACGCAUGUCCAAGAACGAAUCCGAGAGGAAGAGCGGUAUCUUCUCCAGUUUCUGGAUUUGGUCAAGUUACAUCAAGGCAUAUGCCCCAAUGUGCGUGCUGUUGGUGAGCAUCUUGAGUACGAGACCGAGGCCUGGAUUAGCGCAUCUUUGAUCACCCGUGAGAUAAACAAGCUGUGCAGGCAAUUUUCCGAAGCAUUCGUUUGGGACCGUGAUGAAGAUCCCACGACCAUAAAUCGAGCAAUCAAGGCUGCAGUGAAGGUUGCCAUUAUAAACUCUCUGGGAGUUGAGCGAAAGAGGUUUGAUCAGGCAGAAUUGAAGGCAGAAACGCAGUUCAAACCCAUCGAUGUCCUGGAGUUUGAUGCUGAGCCUGCGACUUCCAGUGGUCCUUCAUAUAGGAUCGUCGAUUACGUCGUGGCGAAAGAGCCAAUGAGUUUUCAUCAUGCUCUGCAUUACACUGUGUCGUGGCUCCUUGACCGCGCGCGAAGCAUGCCUCGCGAUCACGUAGCAAGCUUACUGCAUUUCUCUCAGAACGAGCUUCAGGAAGGCUUAAGUCCCACAACAGUAACCGUACCGGAGCACCAGGCCGAGGAAUACCUGUUGGCUAUGUUCGAUUUUCCCCUCAGAGUAUGUGCAUGGCUUGCCCAGAUGAGGGCAGGGAUUUGGGUCCGCAAUGGUGUUACGCUUCGACAUCAGAUGACGCAGUACCGUAACAUCUCUCAACGGGAUGUGUCCUACCUUCGAGACAUUUUCCUUCUUCAAGCAGGCUUGGUUUUGUGCAAUCCCUCCGUUUUUCUAGCUUCCAUGAUCGAUCGGUUCGGAGUGCUCUCUUGGAUGACCGGCAAAUAUGAAGCUGUGCACCAUGGUUUUGAAGACACGCAAGGUGUUGAUAUUGUGGAGGACUUUGUCCAUCUUCUCAUCAUACUUCUCAGUGAUCGAAACUCGCUCGUACCGAUUGAGAACGACUCCAAUCCGCAUAUUGUGGCAAUGCGGAAAGACAUUGCUCAUGUUCUGUGCUUUAAACCGCUGUCAUAUUCAGACAUGACUGCCAGGCUGUCUGAAAAGCACCAAAAUACGGACGAAUUCCCCGACGUACUGGCCGAAAUGGCAAAUUUCCGAGCACCUGAGGGUCUAGCAGACUCCGGGACAUUUGAACUAAAGGAACAGUACAUUGAAUUAGUUGAUCCUUACAUGCAUCAGUAUACACGAAAUCAACGUGAAGAGGCCGAGACUAUUUACAAGAACCACAUGGCUAAGAAGACAGGAAAACGAGCUUCAGAUAUCGUUUUUGAGCCCAAACUUCGACCCAUUCCCUCAGGUUUAUUCAAGGAUCUUUCUGACUUCACUCGGCGACCGAUCUUCUCGCAAAUUAUCUACUAUUUAUUAGGGUAUGGCUUGAUGGCACCAACCGCCACCCCCGGAGUUCCUUCCACCCGCAUUGAGACCUAUCUACAAACUGUCCUUCAGUUGCUUUUAGUUGCCGUUCUCGAAGACAACUCUGAACAUCACGAGUGGUCUCAAGAUGCUCCGGAUUCUUUUGUCACGUCGGUUCUUACUAAGCAUGCGAACUUUGGCUUACCAGAACAUCCUACUAUUCUCUCUCUCCUGAAGACAUUGUCUGAGAAAGAAGAAUUUCAAUCAUGCGAGCCAAAAAUCAGAUUGAUAUUGCACCGACUCAAACAACGUCAACAGAGCACAUUCAUUAUUGCAUCCGCUGCGCUCAAUAUGACUACCGAGAGAUUGGAUACCGCAUCGCCUGCUGCUGUUACUCUCCAAGAGAAGGAGCUCAAGAAAAAGCAAGCAUUGGAGAGACAGGCACGGGUGAUGGCUUCCUUCAAAGAACAGCAAGGCCAAUUUUUGGCCAAUCAGGAUUUCGAUUGGGGGGAAGACCUUAGUGACCUAGAAGAUGAAGCAAACACAUCUUUGGUGGAACAGGAGAAGAUUGAGAAAUACCCUUCUGACAAGUGUAUAAUGUGUCAGGAAGAGACGGACGACCAAAGAUUAUAUGGAUGCUUCGGUUACGUCUCGCCAAGUAACAUACUCCGACAAACCGAUCUCCAAGAUGAAGAUUGGAUUUCAGAAGUCACGCAAACUCCCACCAGUCUUGAUCGUUCUGCAGAUGAGCUUCGACCAUUUGGCGUAUCUGGCAAGAACCGGCGCACGGUUGAAAAGGUCUCAUCGACUGGAGAAAAGGUUUUUAUUGAGCGACAGGAGCUAGGGAAAGGCUUCCCCCGGCAUCAAACGAAAGUAGGACCCGUCUCUUCGGGCUGUGGACAUCUGAUGCAUUACCACUGCUUCGAGGUGUACUUGCAAGGGACACAACGACGCCAUGUUAAUCAGAUAGCGCGAGAUCAUCCUGAGCGCCCAGAGUUCAAGGAGUUCCAGUGCCCCCUGUGUAAGGCUCUCGGGAAUAUUUUCUUGCCAAUCAUAUGGAAGGGCAAGAAGAUUUCAUACCCCGGUAUUCUGGAAACCACCAGUUCGUUCGACGACUGGAUUACCUCUCAACUAGCUAUUGGCAUUUCCAAACUCAAUCAGGCUUCAGAGGGAGGAGCUACUGAUGAUGAAUCCGCGAGUCGCACUCGUCAACAAAAAGCAUUGUUUGAUUAUGGCAGCCAAGAUUUCAUCCACAUUGUGGCCAGCCGACUGUCAGAAGCUACCAAAUCAGACUUUGCCACAGUACCUACACCUCAGUCAUCAAUACCUCGACUUCCAAUGCAAGCACUAAUGUCAAUUUCAAAUGACGAACCGCGGGAGCCAAUUGUAGUCUCAUCCGAGAUCAGUAACACGCAGAACUAUCCUAUGCUUGAGCUACUAAGGGUCUACGAACGUCUCAGGGAUACAUUCCAGGCGAAUGGAAUCCCAUCCGCUUUCCAAUCUCCACGUACUGUAGGAUCUGUUUAUGUGGAGGAUCUGACUCACACCGAUGCUCUUGCCCAAGCUCUCGGGUAUUCAAUCUCGGCGGUUGAGAUUGCUCAGCGCGGAGUUCAGAGUGAUUCGAUGAGGGGCAGCCUGCUCGAGCGAAUCUCCCAACAGGCGCUUACACAUCUGCGGAUCUACUCGGAGACGAUCUCGUCUUAUCUUGCAGUCGGAAGUCUACGAAACCAAGCGUCAAACAAGACAAUGGAAGAGUAUCUGCAUACACAGGCUCAUCAGCUCCACCAGUUAUUUAUUGGUCACCCUAAUAUCUUUGACCCGGAAAGCUUACCGUAUGAUCUGAAGAGUAUCGAGCCUCUCCUCCUGAAAGACUCAUUCAACUUCCUUUGCGAGAGUGCGGUCUGCGUUGUUCCAGCUUACGAUCUUGAUAUUCACCAUGUGAUCCGCCUCUGCUACUUGGCAGAGAUGGUGCGAGUGGUCAUUGCUUUUGCGAGUAGUUCUACGGAGGAUCAAUCGCUUGCUUUCGAAAGUUUCAUCAAUGAAGAGAAAGUAAAGUUUGGCACAUUCAGCUCGGAGCAACUGAACAAUAUGCUAAGCUUUGUAUCUCUCGUCUUCAACGUUGCUCGAUCAGGGAACUCUCAAAUUUCGAUACCUAUUCCGGAUCGAUUUCACGACCCCAAGUUCUUCUACUUCAUUUACACAAUGGCUUCGACCUACGCCCUGCCGUUUGUGCGUAAAACAGCGAUCUUGAUGCACGUCCGUUAUGGCGUUGAACUACCUAGUGUGCCUUUCGAUCAAGUGGAAGAGCCUGAACUUGAUCGAUUAUCGUCAUUAUUGAGGCUUCCUUCUCUGCACGAGCUAUUUGCGCCUUUCGCAAGCGAGUCGCAGAGUGCACGAGUCACCAGGUCAGUAGUGGGCGGGUGGAUAAGGCACUGGGUUUGGUUCCGGGAGGGCAAACACCUUCCCUCACUUGUGUCGCUCUCUCAUCCAGCCAUCUUCGAGCUUGUAGGGCUUCCCAAGAACUAUGAUGUACUCACCGACGAGGCGAUUCGACGCAAAUGCCCUACAACUGGGAAAGAGCUUACUGAUCCAUCUUUGUGCCUUCUUUGUGGCGAGAUCAUGUGCAGUCAAGGUGUCUGCUGCAUGACAGACAAGCAUCGUGGCGGCCUCAAUAAGCACCAGGCCAAAUGUGGUGGCAAUAUUGGGCUGUUCAUGAACAUCAGGAAAUGUAUGGUGCUCUUCUUGAAUCAGGACCAUGGUGCGUGGACCGUGGCACCAUACUUGGACAAGCAUGGGGAGGUGGAUCCUACGCUACGACGACAUCAUCAGCUGUUCCUAAAUCAGAAGAGGUAUGAUGCGCUGUUGAGAAAAGUUUGGCUUGAUGGUGGAGUCCAAAGUCUCAUCGCCAGAAGACUGGAGGGAGAGAUCAAUACGGGCGGUUGGGAAACUCUGUGA